AUGGACCGUGUCAGAAUGUGGCAGCAGUAUUUAUCGAGAUACGACAUUGCCCUUUUGAAGCAAAGGGCACGGGAGCAGCUUAUGGAAUCGAUGAACCGAAACUUUGCCCUUAAAGCGCUAUGUUUCGGGGUGCUACUUUUCUACGUCGGAGUGCUCUACAUCAAGGCAGGCAACCCGAGAAAGCAAUCGCUAUCCUCCUGGUCUAACUCGAACCAACCCAUCGACUACGGAAACACGUAUCAUCCCUCUCAAGACAAAGUGGAAGAAUGGAAACGAAACACAUGGACAGAUUGGUUGAUCCAGUUAGAUGAUGAUUGUAAAAAUUUCAAUGCACAAAUUGAAAAAGAGAAAAAAGCAUGGGUCGAGGAAAAAGAAGGAGACUGGGUAAUGCUACUGAAACAUUUGCAAAACAAGUGGCUACACUUCAACCCUAACUUAGAUGUAGAAUAUAAAGUAGACGUUCUAGCUAAAUCAGAGAAUUGGGAUGAGAGACAAUGGAAAAUAUGGAUCUCUACAGAAGGAAAACAACUUCUAGAGGUGGACCUAAAAAGAUGGUUUACAAAUAACGAGAUGAUUUAUUGCAAAUGGACUAUGGAUGAAUGGAAUGAAUGGAAGAAUGAAAAAAUCAAAGCAUGGGUUACUACCGAGUGGAAAGAAAGUGAAGAUAAAUACUGGUCCAAAUUUGACGAUGCUAGUAUACAAACCCUAAGUCUAGCAGAAAGAAACCAGUGGGCUAAUUGGAAGGAAAGAAUAUACAGAGAAGGCAUCGAAUGGAAAAAUUGGAUUGCCAUUAAGGAGAGCAAAUAUGUCAAUUCCAACUGGAACAGCUGGUCCGAAUGGAAAAAUGAAAAGCGCUUAGAAUUUAAUGAAUGGACUGAGGCCUUCGUUGAAAUGUGGAUUACACAGAAACAGUGGCUCAUCUGGACUGAUGAGAGAAAGGAUUUCGCCAGUAGGGAGAGGGCCGCCGCGAAAUUCGGUGCCACAGGUGGUGCCGCUUCUCCAAGUGGUGCAGCUGCUCCAAGUGGUGCCGAUGCUCCAAGUGGUGCUGUUUCUCCAAGUGGUGCCGAUGCUCCAAGUGGUGCUGUUUCUCCAAGUGGUGCCGCUGCUCCAAGUGGUGCUGCUUCUUCAAGUGGUUUUGACAAUCGCCCCAGAUUUGGCUCCUCUAGUGGAUAUGAUAACCGCCCCAGAUUUGGCUCCUCUAGUGGAUAUGAUAACCGCCCCAGAUUUGGCUCCUCUAGUGGAUAUGAUAACCGCCCCAGAUUUGGCUCGUCGAGUGGAUAUGCCACUCCCGUUAGUUCAGAAGCUGCCCCCGUCAGCUCAGAAACAACCCCCGUUAGCUCAACAGAAGCACCCGUUGCCGAGCCCCCCGCCGCCGAAUCCGCAACGAAAAAAGAGGAACCCGCUGCCGAGGCCCUAUUGGCAACAAAGCCGGCGCAGACAGAAUCAGUCACUUCACAAGGAGAAUCUUCCACCACCUCCCUCUAG